ACGUCAGUCAUUCGCAAACAUAUAGAUCACCAACACGCUCCGCGAGAAGCGGCAAGAUUAAAAAUAUUUUAAUAAGUUUAUCAGCCAUUUAUAUUUCAUAAAUAAAGAUAUUAAAUAAAAUGUCACAUAGGAUUGCGGCUUUUCGAACGAAGAGCCAUUUGGUGAGGCAGUUAUCGGUUUCCACUUCUAAGAUAUCUUUAAGGUCUAUCUCCGAAGUUCUGCACCGGAUUUUAGACAUUUUCCAAUUGAACCGCAAACCAGAUUCUUUUCAAUUAACAAACUUAUCAGCCAAAGGCACCAAGAAUAGCGAAAUAUACAAGCCUCGUCGAGUGAUCGCAAUAAGAAGAGAAGAUCAGUCAGUAUGGGAAAGACGCGCACCCUUUUCGCCGGCAAACGUCAGUCGACUGGUGCGGCAGGGGGUCAAAGUUAUAGUGCAGCCUUCAAACAGACGUGCAUACCCAAUGCAGUCAUAUUUAAACGCCGGAGCUAUAAUUCAAGAGGACAUCAGUGAAGCUAGCGUAAUAUUUGGAGUGAAACAAACUCCGAUCGAUCUCCUUAUACCAAACAAGACUUAUUGUUUCUUUUCGCACACAAUAAAAGCUCAGGAAGCCAACAUGCCAAUGUUGGAUGCUAUUUUAGCAAAGAACAUCCGAUUAAUAGAUUACGAGAAGCUGAUGGAUGAUGCGGGUAACAGAGUGGUGGCGUUCGGGAAGUACGCGGGAGUGGCUGGCAUGAUCAACAUAUUGCACGGCCUGGGCCUACGACUGUUAGCAUUGGGACACCACACACCAUUCAUGCACGUGGGUCCAGCGCACAACUACAGGAACUCGAGCAUGGCGCGACAAGCGAUACGAGACGCGGGAUACGAGGUCGCACUCGGGAUGAUGCCCAAGUCCCUCGGACCUCUCACAUUUGUCUUCACUGGUUCAGGAAAUGUGUCACAAGGAAGUCAAGAAAUUUUCCAAGAACUACCGCAUGAAUACGUACCGCCCGAAAUGUUGAGGAAAGUGGCAGAACAUGGCAGUCCAAAUAAAAUCUACGGUUGCGAAGUACGUCGAAGGCAUCACCUUGUUAGAAAAAACGGAGGCGGCUAUGAUCAUCAGGAGUACGAAGAACAUCCAGAAAGAUACAUUUCUACAUUCGCACAAACGAUAGCGCCAUACACAUCGGUUCUGGUGAACUGCAUCUACUGGGCGGUAGACAGUCCGAAGCUGCUGACCAUACCUGAUGCCAAGCAUCUGUUCCUGCCAUCUCACACGCCCUGGCUGCCCAAGAGUGUCGGUGCGCCGGCAUUGCCUCACAGAAUGCUGGCUAUAUGCGACAUAUCGGCGGACCCCGGCGGCUCGAUCGAGUUCAUGAACGAAUGCACCACUAUAGAUACGCCGUUCUGUCUUUAUGAUGCGGACAGAAACAAGGAUACGAAAAGCUUCAAAGGUCCGGGCGUUUUGGUGUGCUCUAUCGACAACAUGCCAACACAGCUGCCGCGCGAGUCCACAGACUUCUUCGGUGACCUGCUGUAUCCCUACGCGGAUGACAUCAUGAGCUCCGACGCCACCAAACCUUUGGAAGCACAUGACUUCUCACCUGUUGUUCAAGGCGCCAUAAUUACAAGCAAUGGGAAAUUAACGCCGUCGUUCGAGUACAUCAAUGAAUUAAGGAUGUCAAAUACGCGAUCUCGUCACAAGGUGGAGGGCAAUGAUCAACAGACACCGGUGCUCAUCCUGGGCAGUGGCCUGGUCUCCGCGCCCGUUGUGGAAUACUUGGCUAGAGAUAAAAAUGUCGCCGUCACUGUUGCAUCUCAAGUGCGCGAGGAAGCAGACGCACUAGCGGAACGUUACGGCGUCCGUGCAGAGUACAUCCAGGCCAAUGACGACAGUGCCCUUCGGGCGCUGGCGUCAGACGCACGUCUCGUGGUCUCCUUACUGCCGUAUGACUUGCACGGUCCCGUGGCGAGGGCCUGCGUCAGCGCCGGCGUGCACAUGGUCACCGCGUCUUACGUCAGACCUGAAGUACAGGAACUGCAUGAUGCGGCAAAAGAAGCUGGAGUAACUCUACUAAAUGAGGUCGGCUUGGACCCCGGCAUUGACCAUCUGCUGGCGCUUGAGUGUAUUCACGACAUUCAGAACCACGGCGGUCGUAUUGACUCCUUUGUCUCCUACUGCGGGGGUCUACCCGCACCAGAGUUCAGCGACAACGCACUGCGUUACAAGUUCUCUUGGAAUCCUCGCGGCGUACUGCUCAACACCAUCUCUAGUGCUAAAUAUUUGAGCAGGGGUCAGAUAGUGGAAGUCCUGAGCGGUGGUGAGCUCAUGUCGGUGGCUCGCGAGCUGGACUUCCUGCCAGGCUUCGCGUUCGAAGGGUUCCCCAACAGGGACAGCACCAAGUACGCCGAACUGUACGGCAUUGAAGACGUUCAUACGAUGUUCCGAGGCACUAUCAGAUACAAAGGCUUUGCGGAAACAAUGAAAGCAAUGCAGUUAUUUGGGUUAAUAGAUCCCAACCCACAUCCAUCAUUGCAUCCUGAGGGACCAUCAAUUACUUGGCGUCAAUUUGCCUGCGAGCUGCUUGGUCUUCUGGACACAUCGAUCUUCUACGAGAAUCUCAAGACGCGUCUAUCGGAGCGUAUCGGCGUGUCGGGGGCGCAGGCUCUGGAGUCUCUGGGGCUGCUGAGCGACGAUACGGUGGUCAAGUGUGGCACACCGCUCGAUACGAUCAGUCAUUAUCUAACCAAACGGCUACAGUUGGAGAAGGACGAGACCGACUUCGUGGUGCUCCGACACGAGCUGGGCGUGACGUGGAGCGACGGACGUCGCGAGCGGCGCGAGGUGACGAUGACGGUGCGCGGCGAGCCAGCGCGGCACACCGCCAUGGCGCGCACUGUCGGCCUGCCCACCGCCAUCGCCGCCAAGAUGCUGCUAGAUGGUGAAAUUCAAGACCGAGGCGUGGUGCUACCGUUUUCGCCGACUGUUUACAAAUCUCUAUUGUCAAGGUUGAGGGCCGACGGCAUUACUGCUAAGGAGGUGAUAAGGCCACUAAAUUAAUCUGUAUAAAAAUAACCUAAUUUUUUCAAAGACAAAAAAAUAACGUCACAAACUUACAUUUUAAGAAAGUUAAAA